AGUGUCACCACUGAUGACCUCAACCAACCGGUCUGAAACCAGCUGGACAUCCUGAGGUUCAGGCUGCUUCUCCUCAGUAAUGACCAGGCUGAACUUCAUGUUGCUGUGGUGGUACGCACCUCUAACCGUGAUUGUGAAGAAGAAGAAGGAUCAAAGUUUGACUACAGACUAGAAGGUUUGUGAUGUUGUGAGACGGGUCAGCAGAGGACUGAGGUUUGGAGCAGACAGCUGAGAAAACAGAUGAAAAAUGCGAUCAAGGAUCUGCACCACAGCGGGUCCAGAUGAAGGAAGCAUUCAGCAGCACAUUAAAGGCUUCUCCAAGCAGGAACAGGUGGAGGAAGAGGAGAAAGAAGCACCAGACAUGAUGAAGAGCAGGAUGAAAGCUCAAAGAAAAGAGAGGGAGGGGAGGACAGCCAUGCCUAAAUCAUCAAAGAAAACUACAAAAUCUGUAGAAAGUUGCCAAGCAAAGACAGCUGAUCUAUCAAAGAUGGAUCUGAUUCACCUGCUGGGAGUCAUGGAAGGAGAGGUUCAGGCCAGAGAGGACAUCAUCAGGUUGCUGAAGUCAGACAGAACGAGACCAGAGACCCUGGAGGCCCAUUAUGGCUCCGCCGCUCCUUCCAAACCCCUGCAGGCACUGCAGAGGGACACCACUCUUCUCCAUGACAACCAGAGCACUGACGACGUGUAUGAGAGGCCCAUGGCUGAGCUGGAUCGUCUGGAAGACAAGCAGAAGGAGACGUACAGACGAAUGCUGGAGCAGCUCCUGCUGGCAGAGAAAUGCCACCGCAGGACUGUCAUGGAGCUGGACAAUGAGAAACGGAAACAUGUGGACUUCAUGAACAAGAGCGAUGACUUCACCAACCUGCUGGAACAGGAGAGGGAAAGACUGAAAAGGCUGUUGGAGCAGGAGAAGGCCUACCAGACCCGUAAGGACAAAGAGCACAGCAAGAGGCUGGAGAAGGUCCAAGAUGAGCUGGUGAAGCUCAAGUCCUUUACGCUGAUGUUGGUGGACGAGCGACAGCUUCAUGUCGAGCAGAUUGACCAGCAGACCCAGAAGAUCCAGGACCUCGGUCAAAAGCUGCAAGAACAAGAGAAGUGGCUGGCAGCUUCAAGUGAUGCUGCAAAGAAGGACGGACACAAGGUGCUGAAGCUGGAGGCUGAGUUGGAGGUCCAGCAAGCAAAGUUUAGUCAGGAGCACAAAGACAUGACUGCCAAGCUGGCCAACCAAGUAUCCCAGAACCAACAGCUGAGACUGAAGCUGAAUGGGCUGAUGCAGAAGACUGAGGAGCUGGAGGAGAGCAAUAAAGUGCUGCAGAAAUCGGAGGAAGACCUGCAAGAGCUCAGGGACAAGAUAAGCAAAGGAGAGUGUGGAAACUCUUCCCUUACAGCUGAGCUGGAGAAUCUGCGGAAGAAAGUCCUGGAGAUGGAGGGAAAGGAUGAGGAGAUUACCAAGACUGAGACUCAGUGCAAGGAGCUGAAGAAAAGGCUGCAGGAUGAGAAAAACCAUAGCAAGGAGCUGAGGCUGGAAGUGGACAAACUCCAGAAGAGAAUGGUGGAGCUGGAGAAGCUGGAGGGAGCAUUUAGCAGAAGCAAAACAGAAUACUUCCAACUUCAUAAAAAUCUGGAAAAAGAGGGGAAAGUAGUGAAGGAUUUGGGCAGCGAGACGGAGAGACUAAGAACUCAGUUGAAGGAGAUGGAGUCCUCAGAGUCGAAGCUGGAGAAGGCAGAAAUGGUCCUCAAAGAAGAACUGAUGAAACUGAAAUCUUUCACUGUUAUACUGGUGGAUGAAAGGAAAAUUGUGGCUGAGAGACUGAAGCAGGAAGAACAGAAAAAUGAAGAUUUGAGCAGGAUGCUGAAAGCAGAGCAGGGUAAGGUUACAGAAGUUACAGAGAAGCUGAUUGAGGAGAGCAAAAAACUUCUCAAAUUCAAGUCAGAGAUGGAAAUUCAAGUGGAAGGUCUAACACAGGAGAAGGAAGAAAUAAAAUCUAAACUUAGACGCAAGGAGGAAACGUGUGAUGAACUGAAUGUUAAGCUGACAGAGAUGAAGAUGAGAGUAGAUGGACUCGAGGAGAUGGACAGGGAGAUGCAGAGAAAGUUGGCCAGCAGGAACCAAAACAAAAAUCCAGAAGAAGACAACAAAGUUAGGGAGCUAACCACAGAAAUUGAUAGACUUAAAGGCAGGCUUAAGCAGCUGGAGGUGGUGGAAGGAGAUUUAAUGAAAUCUGAGGAUGAGUAUGAUCUGCUGGAGAAGAAGUUCAGAAAUGAGCAGGACAAAUCAAACACGCUUUCUAAGCUGGUGGAGGACAUGAAAAGUCAGAUCGCCAGAAACAAAGCUGUGGAGAGAGGUGAAGUUAAGAGUCUGGAGGCCCAGCUGAGGAUCCGUUGCAAGGUGGAGGAGGCAAAGACCAGAGAGCUUCGGGCCGAAGUUCUGGCCCUCAAGGAGAAAAUCCAUGAACUCAUGAACAAGGAGGACCAGCUCUCCCAGCUGCAGGUGGACUUCUCUCUUCUCCAGCAGAGGUUUAUGGAGGAAGAGGAGAGGAAGAGAAGAAUGAGUUUAGAUGUGGAGAACCUUACCAAAGAACUGGAAGCCUCAAAGCGCUACAGUCGAGCCUUGAGGCCCAGUUUGAAUGGGAGGAGGAUGGUUGAUGUCCCAGUUACCUCCACUGCGGUCCAAACAGAGGUGAUGACCAAUGGGUCUGCUGAGGACGAGACUGCAGCAGGUUUCAUCCGGAAAUCAGUUCUGGAGGAGAACCACCUAAUGAACAACCUCAGACAACAUGGGCUGAAAAGGCCAGCAGUUCUUGAUCGAUACCCUCCAGCAUCAGCAGAACAUGGAGGGAGAAAAUCCUCAAUGCCCUGGAUGAACAAGAAGGAGGCCAUCACACUGACCCGGACCAUUCCUGAGGAGACCAAGGCAUCCUCCUCGCUGCAUCCACCUCAAAUGUCCCCAAAUCUGGGACAACCUCUACACAUCCGCGUGACACCAGAUCAUGAGACCAGCACAGCCACCUUAGAGAUCACCAGUCCGCGGUCUGAAGACUUCUUCUCCACCACCGCCAUCAUCCCAACCCUUGGUCUUCAGAAGCCUCGUAUCACAAUUGUCCCCAAACCCACAACUGUGACCUCUAAGACUAAAGGAUGGGAGGUAACUGGAGAUCCUGAUCGAGCCAAGUCCCCGGUCACGAUAACCACCAUCUCCAGGACAAAGAGUCCAGAAAAGCCCAGCAGCAGAAGCCCUGGGAUCCUGCAGUCACCGGUGUCCAUCAUUACGGUCAGCACCACCCCUGUGGCUGAGGUGUGUGCUUCAUCCGACCCUCAUGAGAACACCACCAGACAAACGUUAAUCAAGAUGACCUCUGAGAAACCACCAGAGCCGGUGAGGAAAUACAACAGCAACAUCUUCACAACUGAGGACAAUAAAAUCCACAUCCACCUGGGGUCACAGUUUCAGAGGACCUCUGAGGGCUGCAGUUGUCCUGUUUUAACCCUCAGACCAACAGGAAGUGGUUUUGAAUGCCAGGAAACACCAUCAGGAACUGUGCUCCGCUCCCCAUGCAAAGCCCUGACUGGGAAGACAUCCCAGAAUAAAAUGACCAGCAGUAUAACAAUCACCCCCAUCACCUCUGCAGCAUCCAGGCCAACACAGUCUGUGGUUAAAAUCAGGCAGCCUAUGAGCACUGCAGAGGUUUGACUCUGGAGCGCCUAAAACAUCCAUGCAUCCAUCCAUUUUCUUCCAUACUGGGUCAUGGGGAGCUGGUGCCUAUCUCCAGCAGUGUACGGGCGAAAGGCGGGGUCCACCCUGGACAGGUUGCCAGUCCAUCGCAGGGCAGCACAGAGACACACAAGACAAACAACCAGGCACCCAGUCACACCAAGAGGCAGUUUAGAGAGACCAGUUAACCUAACAGUCAUGUUUUUGGACUGUGGGAGGAAGCCGGAGUACCCAGCUCCGACUGGCUCCAGUAAGUAGGAGUUUGGUUGAUGACAGGUAUACACCAACCAGCCAUAACAUUAUGACCCUUCAAGUACUCUUCUAGACCUUUGAAGACCUGCUGUGGAAUCUGUCCUUAAGCUGUCAGCAGCAGAUCCUAUAAGUCCUAAAGGUUUGGACCCCUUUGGGGUGAGAUGGAGCAUCAGCCUGCUGGAAGAGACUAAUGUCACCUAUGAAGGGGUAGCCUUGGUUGGUGCUAGGUGUGUCAAUGUAACAUUCAUGUCAUUGUUGCUUUACUUUUCUAUCAGGCACUUCCUCUGACC